CUUUGCUGGUUGGUUUGUGAUAGAAAUUUAAGUCCUCUUUCUCUCCGUGUUAAAGCGAGCCUCGUCUGUAAAAAGUUUUUGUUGCCACAGGCGAAAAUUUCUCCGUCAUCUUUGCCAUUUUUUGCACGCCGCACAGAGCUAUAAACCCUUUUGACCCAAGAAGUCGGUGCGAGUUAGCUACUGCUCCAUGACCUACCUCACUUUUCCGUCCUCGUUCUGAAUAGGAGCUUCAGGAAACUAUCUGACAUAUCCAAUUCUCGACUGCACUGUACACAAUUGCGCUCAGUUCUUGACAAGUGUGUUUAAGCUACUCCACGAGAAAGCUUUACACUGGUCUUUUCAGUCGCAAGGCAGUAGAUAUGGUUCUCAACGAAGCAGACAGGGAAGUAGUGCGCAAUGAACGCGACGCAAGUCCGACUAUGUUUCAGGAAUACACAGAAACAGGCGAAGCUAUUGAACGCGCGGAAACACGAGCUUCUUCUGAAUCUUCGUCCUCAGAUGGCUCAGCUCGGCAAAGGCAAGCAUCGCUAGGCAUGUCGCGCCUACCUACCGAGUCUAUUAUUCCAGGCGACAUGCAGCGUAACGAAACUGCUAUGAGUCGCAUUCAGACACAGCGCUCGCAACAUUCCAAUACAGUCGGCGCGAGCGUGAAGAGUAGGGUUAGCAAGAAGCCACUUCCACCUAUGGGCGCAGGAAAGCCAUAUCCGCCUGCUUUGCCGGAACGGGAGGAAUACGUUGUCGAAUUUGACGGCGCAGAUGAUCCUUUGCACGCGCAGAAUUGGACUAUGAAGAGAAAGCUGCUGACGGGGGCUAUGCUCGGCUAUUUCACGUUUCUCGCUGCAUUUGGGAGCAGCAUCUUCUCCGCAGCAACAAGGGUCGUUGCGAAGUACUUCGGUGUUAGCGCUGAAGUGGGUACUUUGGGUGUUUCUUUGUAUGUCCUUGGGUUCGCAACCGGUCCAAUUAUUUGGGCUCCAUUCUCAGAACUGAGAGGACGCAAGCUGCCUCUAGUGAUUGGAUCCUUUGGGUUCAUGCUCUUUCAAUUUGCAGUUGCUACGGCCAAAGAUCUGCAGACUGUUUUGAUAUGCAGGUUCUGGGGGGGAUUUUUCGGGGCUUGUCCUCUCACCGUCGUUGCUGCUGUUUUUUCCGAUAUGUUUAACAACAGAACAAGAGGUCUAGCGAUAACUGUGUUCUCUAUUAUGGUCUUCUCCGGUCCUCUUAUGGCCCCCUUCAUUGGUGGCUUCAUUACAAUGUCCUAUCUUGGUUGGCGAUGGACUGAGUAUCUCGUUGGAAUUAUGGCCGCUGUCGCAUUUGUUUUGAUCCUAUUCUUCCUUGAGGAGACCUACCCGCCAGUCAUACUCAUCAACAAAGCCGAGGAGCUACGGCGCCGAACGAAGAAUUGGGGGAUCCACGCCAAGCAAGAAGAAAUCGAAAUCGACCUACGUGAGCUUGUUGAGAAGAACUUCACUCGUCCAUUGAGAAUGCUGGCCACCGAGCCCAUUGUACUCCUCAUUAGUGUUUAUAUGGCAUUCAUCUAUGGAUUACUGUACUUGUUCCUGACAGCAUAUCCGCUUGUCUUCCAGGGCGUACACCACAUGAAUCCGGGUCUAGGCGGGCUUCCAUUUUUUGGAAUGAUCAUUGGCGAGCUUUUGGCAGGUAUUACUAUUGCGCUACGCCAGCCAGGCUACAACAAAAAACUCGCUGCGAACGGUGGCUUUCCCGUGCCAGAAUGGCGCCUUCCGGAAGUAAUUGCAGGCGGCGUUGCAUUUAGCGCUGGCCUUUUUUGGUUUGGCUGGACAGGAAACUACGAGAGCGUGCACUGGAUCGUCCCUACUUUAUCUGGUCUUCUCUCUGGCUUCGGGAUCAUGAGCAUCUUUCUUCAAUCGCUGAACUACCUCGUGGACGCCUAUCUAAUGUUUGCUGCUUCAGCCAUCGCCGCGAACACAUUUCUACGAUCCCUUUGUGGAGCCGGCUUCCCACUAUUUGCAACAUAUAUGUUUAAUGGAAUGGGGAUCAACUGGGCAAGCACUCUUUUGGGCUGUGUUGCGGCUAUACUAGUGCCCGUUCCGAUUUGGUUCUACCUGAGGGGUGGAAAGAUCAGGGAGAAGAGUGCAUUUGCACCAACUCACAUUGGCCCCAAACCGCCAGCUCAGGAGAGCACUGAUGAAGAGAAAGGAAGCGAUAAGUUGGAUUAAGUCAGGGAAGAACGGGUAAAGAACCAUUUGUUAAAAAAAAACCUCUUUACUGUUAUGAUAUCCGUAAACUUUGCAAGUAUCAGCAAAAGAAGGCAUCAUAGCGUUUCGACCAAGCAAAUUGCAUGUUGCUAUCUUGGUUGUGUUUCUCCAUCGCACGUUCAAGUUGCUGCUGCGAUAUUUUGUUUGAUCUGAGGAUGGACCCGAUUAAUAUCCUAAUGAACUAUUUAAUUCUUUCUAAUCAAUCGUUGGGUUGGAUUCAA